AUGUCAACUUCAUUAGAAAGUUAAAUAUUAUUGGCUAUUUGGACUAUGUAUUAACGUAAUUAGAUAUCAAUGGAAUAAAAAGGAUGUAUAAAGGGUAAUUCUUAAAAUUUAUAAAGAUUUGUUAAUUAGAAAGGAUAAUUAUUUAUACUCAACUAUUUAUCAUUGUAAAAGAUAAGAUCAAAUAGAAGAAAGGUUAAUUGAUAUUUUGAAUUGUAUUUAUAAUUAAUUUGUUUUGAUUAGGGUUCUCCAAGAGACAUGGAUGCUGAAGAAAAUACAUAUCCUAUUAUCAGAUUAAGCAAUUAAUCAAGUUCUCCUACAACUACUUAAUCCCAAUGUCAUUAUCCUGAAAAAAGGUUCAGAUUUAAGAGUUCAAAUAAUUAAAGUGAUAAUUCUUAGAAUAUCCUUAGAAUUAGAUCUAACUCUUAUCAUCAUAAAUGAAUUUUUUAUUGUAAAUUUUUGUUUAAUUAUCUCAAUCUUUAAUUAAUCUAUUAUUCCAUUUUAAACAUUAUCCUAAUAUGAAAUUGACAUUUAUCAAUUUAAAGUAUUUAAGAUUUAUUUAUAUUCUUAUUCUAAUUUUUAUUAGAUAUUUAUGUUACACUGUUUAAGAUAAAUGUAAAUAUUUUCUUUUAUCUAUCUAUUCAUAAUAAACAAAGAAUUACUUCAAAAACAAAAUAAAUAUUAAUUUAUCAUUAGAAAUUCAUAUAAAAUUUUAAUUAUUACACUAAUUAUAAAAAUUUUAUUUAUUAAGAUAGGCUAAGUUAGAUAAAAUUAAUUUGAAUUAAUUGAUUUAAAAAAAAUAAAAAUAGUAAGAUAUAUAAUUUAUUCCCUUAGGCGUGA